AUGCUUGAUUGACAUAGGGACAUUUGCACGUGUAAAGUAUGUAGCAAGGCUCGAGAAGAGAGACAGAAUAGUGGAUCGAGAUCCAUCAUGCAAUCGUUUGUACAACAAAAGGAUAGCAAUGCCAAGAUGAAGCCAUUGAUUGCACUUCAGCCACCCAAGUUAAGUAACUUGGAACUUCAAUUUUCCGAAGAAGUGGUUUGGCAACGCUUGCAGAUCCGGGAAUUCGUGUUUCGGUUCGAAAAUCUGCUGGCGCUAACGGCGGAAGACCGAAAUUUACUGCAAGAUGCACAAGGCGACUGGGUAACGCACAGGAUGCUAAAAAAAUUAGUAUGCAGCCUGAUGGAGCUUAUCGCCCACUACGGGGUGGAGAACGACACUGAUCAACAAAAGAUGGCCAAACAAUUUUUACAAGACGAACACAUUGCUUCCAGUCGACCUUACCUCAGUCUUCAACACUGGCAAACCAUCUCUGCUACACUAUUGGCCGCUGGAUACGAAGAUACCCCGGUAUUUAAUGAUGAAGAAGCUAUCGCAACAUCUGACGCACAACAACAAAUGGACUGGCUUCCUAGUUUUGUGACACGGUCCAUGCAGGCCAACGGGACGGGUCCAAUGCCAAUUGUGAAGGAUGCCCUCAAAGAACUCAAGACGAUUAAUCUGUUGAGCAUGUGUACACUGUACACGCCCUGUAUUCGAAAGGAUUUAUUACAAGGCUCUGUCCAGCUCAAGGACGAAGAGGAUGCGCUGCACGCGCUUCGGCGGCAAACCAUGUCUGACGAAAUGCAUGCACGUACCACGAAAAAUACACUAUUGCAACAGUUGGCCACGGCAGAAGAACAGGAUGCUAUUCAACAGAAAAUUGAGGAUGUGGACAACAAAAUCGACGAACAACGACAUUUGCUUAAUCGUAAAGAAGUUGAUGUAUAUUUGUUAUCAAGAAGGACCAGCAAGCGGUUGUCAAGUGCCGGCACGGAUCAGCAUGGAAAUCAAUAUUGGCUGUUUGGGGAUCUGCAUCAUUAUCAGGACGAUCAAGAUCAAGAUUUCUGGGGUCGUGGGGUGAUUAUUAUAGGACCAGGAUGUCACGUAGACGACGAGCAACCCUCAGAAGAGAUUUCGAAGGAUGGCCACCGAUCUCCAUGUGUAGCCAGGCUGACUACGAAUAAUAGUAAACGAUGGUGGUACCUAAGCGGCAUAGAAAAUAUCGAUAUGCUCGUUCAGUGGUUAAAUCAUCACUCUGAGCCUAAGCACCUUAUUAGACAACUUUCCUCCCGAAGUCGUUAUUUGAACCACCUUCUUUCAUAGAUGAAACCAAAAGUUUCGGUUUCUAGACGUCUUAUUUUUUUUUUUUCGGAAGGGGGGCAAACAGAAGGCCCAAUAGAUAUUUUGGGUUCCAGACUUGUUAUUGGCUGAACCAACCUAUUCAAUACAACCCACUCCAAACUCUCACUGUCCCAUCGUUUAUUUUCUUCCGUUUCUUCUUUGUAAAUACUUUCCUUGCCACUGCUUUCAUAGCAAUCGUCCUCUGUAUUAUCUCUCUCAAUUAUAUCAUUUGUUCUGAACUGUCGGUGUGUGAUCCAUGAG